ACUUUAUUUGAAUAUUUUCCCGCCACAUCAAAAAUGGCUGUCAAGACAGAGGAGGAUGUUUGUAAUUUUGAAUUUCGCUUCUUCGUGAAAGAAUUGGACUACCACCUAGAAUCAGGAGUAGCAAGUGAAGAUACUUCUUUAUUAUCUCUGGGGGUUCGACUAUUGGACUUUCCUCCAGUAUUUAUUCAACUGAGUAUUGAUUUCUUGAAAAGAAAGCCACAAAUAGCCUCGUCAAAAGGAAAGGCAUGCAAGUUCUCAAUGAUUCGUUCCUCCUUUAUCAAACUCUUAGAUACCACACCUUUUUCUCUCAGCCUGUGUCUCAUGCAGUCACGUGACACAUCAGGUGACAUUAUACUGGCCAGUGGGGCAGUGAACGAUAGCAAAAAAUGGAUGCAGCAUUUAAUGCCAAAUGUACAGUGGUCCAAUGAUCACGCGUUGAUUAAUGAGACUUACUUAUUACAUUUAUUGAAGGAUGGCUCAAAUGAUGUGCUAGGACAUGUUGUAAUUAAAAUAAAAUUAUUAGUCACGGGACAAUCCUCGCCACCUGUAGCAGCUCUAGGUCGCGAUACCCUGAAUAACAAUGGGUCAGCACAUGAUGACAAAGUCACUAAUAUUAAAUCUAUUCCUGAAAUAGAUACUGAUAUUGAUUCUAAAGCUAAUGCUGAUAUUGAUUCUAAAGUUAAUGCUGAUAUUGAUUCUAAAGUUAAUGCUGAUAUUGAUUCUAAAGUUAAUGCUGAUAUUGAUUCAGUUACUGGACAGAAACUACCUGCCGUUAGUGUGAAGUAUUACCUGCCUAACACAUGGUUUCCUCCUCCUCUUCAAUUCACUGCUACACGAAGCAUCAGCAACACUUCACUGAGCUCCAUUGAUUUGGAAGAAAUACCAGAGAGGAGUAGAUUAUUAGAAAGAAGAUCUAGAGAAGAGAAUAAUGAAAAGGGAAGGAAAAAGAAAGAAGGAGACAAGGAAAUAAGACAUAUAAGUCCAUCGUUUCAUCCCAGAGAUGAGUCGUUGCAUUGGGCUGCUCUUAUGGAAGGAAACCCCAACAGUUUUCCUUGGAGGAACAUUGGAUUAAGAUCACCUCCUUUAAAGCAAGACAAUCCUAUUAGAAAUACUGAAACUACAUGUGCAUCUUCUAAUUCUCCUUCUACUCCACUUUUAUUAGAGGAUAGACCAUUUCCAGUCUUAUCUGCACUCUGUGAUGAAGUGAUGUGCUUAAGACAAAUGCUACCAAGAAGAGAAGGAGCUAAAGAGACAUUGAGCAAAGGAGUACAAACUGAGGCAGUGUCACAAGUUUCUAGUGAGGAGAAAAAGAAAACCAAAGAAAGGAGGAGAAAGAAAUCAGGAGGGGAGAAAGAUGGUUAUUACAUAAAACAUGACACCAUUAGCAAAAAGCAUAGUGAAAGAAAGAAGAAAUCACAAGUAGUGUCCUCCUUAAAGAAGCCAAUGGAGAGAGUUCCAUCUACCAUUCCAUCACCAUUGACAUUGAAUGCAUCUUCAAUGAGAGAUCAUACAAGAAGAAAUGGCUCUACUAUUAACAAAGAUGAUAGCAAUUUAAGUUUAAAAUCAUCAAGUCCAUCCUCACACCCACUCUCACCGGAGCUUCCUCCAUCACCUCAUCACUCAGCAUCUCACAAUGACAUUCCAACUCUUGUUGAACCUUUUGCCUAUCCUGCACCAGCAAUCAAUAUUUCACCUUCAUCAUCAUCAUCUUCUUCCUCUUCAAUACUCUUACAAUCUAAAGGGAAACUGGAUAUUUCUGUUUUGAGUAAGAGCACUGAGUCCUUGCCCAUUGCUCGGGCUGAAGGAGAGGUGAGCAAGGUCAAGUCAUUUUUAAGUGCUGGGAGCAAUAUUGGUCAAAGAAUAUACCUAGCAACAUCACUGCAGAGUCUGGGGCAGAUGAGCACUGAGCAGGGAGAUGAUGAUGAUGAUGAGGAGAAGGAAGAAGAGGGGAGUGAUGAAAAAGCAGAAGAGCAGAAAGAGAAGACAAAAGAAGAGAGCUCACAAGAAGAGAAAGGGGAACAAAUAUUGCCUGAUGCUGAUAGCAAUGUCAGAGCUACGGGGAGUGUUUCUGUAUCUUCUAAUAGCAUAAUGGAAGAAAUUGAUGAAGACUCAUAUAAUUAUACAGAUGAUUUUGAAUCGGAUCAUGAUGAAGAUUGAAAAGGUCGAAUACAUUGUUGGUCACACUAUAAUAGUCCAUUUAUGAUAAAGACAAAACGACAAAAUAAUAAUAAUAAUGAUUACACAAAAAUAAUGAAACAUAAUACAAAAAGUUUGUAAAAACACGUAUGCCUACCAGUUUUUGUAUGCUAAUGUGC